AUAGUCAAGUUAAAGAAUAGGAGAAACUAUAAGACAAGUCUUUAUUCAAUUAUUCCAACAAUAGGUCUGUAAUUUAUUAAGUCAUCUUGAUCAAGAGAAUGUUUCUUAAAGUUUUUUCAUAAGUAGAUUACAGCUACCAUAAAAGCCUGUGGUACAUAUUCAUUUCCUAAGGAUAGAUUAAUCAUAUCUAUUAGAAGACUGUUUUAAGGUAAUAACAUAAAUGCAAACUGUUUUAAGGGACUACCAAGGGUUUAGCAAGAUGGUACUUUUUAUGUUCAUUAUGGAAUAAUUAUUGGGAUUAAAUUAAAAUAUUUUUAGUUUGGAUCAGUUUGUAAAUAAUGUGUUUUCAAACUAAUUAAUGUAAAUAUUGUUGUACUAUUUUCCAUCUUCAAUAGUGGCAGCUGUUUUGUCCCUGGUAAUGGUUUCUUCUAAUUUAGAUCCAUUUGUAUUUCAGCAAACUGUCAUUCAUUGUUCAGGUGGUUUUGGUGUGGUUUAGCACUGUUUGACGUCGCUUUAAGCUUGUGUUUAUUGCUGCCAUUUGGGUCCCACCUCCAUGACCGCUCGACCCGUAUGACAGGGCCAUUCUCACACAUGAAUAUAAUUUCAUCUGAAUCUUUCUACUGUUGGUCUGGCGGUAAAUUUAGGGUUGUUAUCAUUCUAGAAGGUGAACCUUCGAACUAUUCGAACCUUCUGCCAUUCAUAACAUUUUACCCACUACCCUCUACUUUACAAUUAUGCAGUUUUUGUAUGGAUCUGUCACACAAAAUACCAACAAAAAACAUUAAGGUUUGCUGUUGUAAUGUGCCAAAAUGUAAAAAAAAAAAAAAAAAAAAGCUGAAAAUGCAUGAAUACUUUUACUGUGCAAUGUAAAUGUAUAAGAAAAUCAUUGAACUGUUUCAAAACUAUGUUUUGGGCAUGUUUAGCCUGAACUGAACCUUGACUGAGCUUUCAAAGGGAGCAUGUGUACGUAGUGGUAGUGGCUAUGUAUGUGUGGAGUUUUAUGUUUGUUUUUAACAACUUUUAUGUUUUGAUGAAUAUUUUUGGGUACAAAUAAAGUAACCUUGAACCUUGCAACUGGACACCGGUGAUCUCUGAUCCCUCAGGGAGAGUUGUAUCAGAACCAGUACUGUUAGUAAAACUAGUUCACAAUUCUGCGAUGGCAUUGUUAAACAGAAAAGGACAGCAAGAUUUUGGAGCGGCAUAUGCUGCCUCCAAGACAUACUUUUUUCCCAGGGACAUUCAUACAUUUUUAACGAGUAGAUGCAAAACCCCAUUGUGCACACAUUACAAAGGCAUGGCCUCCGGAAGAACCGGGUGCUGGUGGUGAACUGUAUGGUCUGUAGUCCUGACUUGCCCACAACACAUUUUCUAAGGGGAAUUUCCAAAUUAAAUGUGAGAACCCUAACCCUGUACUGUUGCAAUUAUUUAAGAACAUUUGUCCUAAAAAACAGGACAACAUGGUGCAACAUUAGGUAGCCUCAAUAAGAGUGUCCAUAAAUGUAAGAAUCACGUCCCUUUUUUGUUUGCCGUUCCACUGCAUUUUGCUCUUAAUUAUUAUAAAAGUAGCAUCAUACUGGUGAAGAGCAACUUAUGAAGCACAUAUGUGGACACUCCUUCGAGUUUGAAGGAUUCUGUUCACACAGGAAACAAGAUUUUUCCUGGUUACGGGUGGAACUUCUCCCAGCAGUCAAAAGGGGAACAGGCAAGGUACAUCAUGGAUAUCCAGGAUAAACAAACAUGUAUCUAGGCUGCUAGGGCUGAGUGCAUCACAACAUGGUAUGGUUGCAGUUUUGCCAUAACUCUAUCCAUUUUCAGCUGCAGCUGAUGUCAUUUGAAAAUAAGGUCAGUGGAUGCGCUUAAUAAGACAUUUUCUCUUCACCUUUUAUGAGAGACUUUCGCUGAUAAAUAGCAGAAAAGUCAUAUGUGAGCCUUAGAAAGUUCAUACCUGUUUAUUAACUCACAACCACAUAUCUCAAUAAGUUUAAUUGGGAUUUUAUGUGAUAGACCAACAAAGUAAUAUAUAAAUGUGAAGUGGGAUGAAAACGAUUAUGUCACUCAAAUAAAAAUCUGAAAAGUGCAACAUGGAUUUCUAUUCAUCCCCUCCUUAGUCAAUGCUUUCAGCCACAUUUGUUGCAGUUACAGCUGCAAGUCUUUUGGAUUACGUCCCUUACACAGAGGUGCCCAAGGUCAGUCCUGGCUGGUUACCUGUGAAUUUUAGGUGCUUCUCUGGUUCAACACACCACUGAAUCAAAUGAAUUGGUCCUCAGCAGAAUCCUGCAGAAAAUGAGAUACUGAGGAGCUAUUCAAACAAUUUGAAACAGCUGUAUUGGAGCAAGGACACAUCUAAAACUUGAGGACCAUGCUUAAACAACUUGGCAGCAGUGACCGAUGUUUUUGUUCAUUCUUUCAUGUAAAAUAGCUCAAGCUCAGUCAAACUGAAUGUAACAGCAAUUUUUAAGGCUCACCACCAUUUCUCAGUUGGUCUGAGCAGCGAGCAGCUUCCCUGUCCCUUCUGAUGAAAAACAUUCCCACAGCAUGAUGCUGCCAUCACCAUGUGUCACUGAGGGGGAAAGUGUGCUCAGGAUGAUAUAGGAUCCUUGUUUUGUUUUUUUGUUUUUUUCCACCACUCAAAGAGUUCUGCUUUCCAAAAUGUUCAAUUCUGAUGUCAGGUUUACAUGUUUGCUGUGUUCCCUACAUGGCCAACUUUAAACAGCUUUCUUUGAACAAUGGCUUUCUUCUGGCCACUCUUCCAUAAACGUCAGAUUUAUAGAAUGCUUGACCAGAAUCAGCCCUAGACAUAAGCAAACUAAUCCGCUACUUAGGGUCCCCAACCUAUCAGGGGCCUCAAAUAAAUGCUUUAAUUUGAACACAAAUUGUAUUUGUUUAUUGAGAACAUAAAUACUAUUGAAUUUGAUUGGAUGGUUUCAGCUUAGAUACAUUUACAUAUUUUAAGUGGCUUAAAACUAAAAUGUAAGAUUUAAAGGAAUUGUCAAAUUUACUUUGUAAAAAUGCAAAGAAUAAUCAAUUGUUUGAUUGUUGUGUUGACGUAGAAACAAUCUGAUGCUCCGAGCUUAAUCUUUGUGAUUUGCACGGUUUGUUCACAAAAACAUCAGCAAAUAUUGACCAAUUAUUCACGAUUGCUUUUAAGCUCAGCCAAUUAAAUUUGACCCUCUCUCCCAGAUUUCACCAAAUCUCUAUUGAAACGCUGUUAGUGGUGGUGAUGUUCUUAGCAAAAAAAGGGGGCCCAAAAUCAAAUUCUGCUCAAAGCCCCAUACAACUUUGGGCUACACCUGUGUAUAAACAGUAAUUGCCCUACAAACAGCCUGAGCUGUGGAUCUCUGCAGCUUCUCCAACGAUAUGUGCCUCUUUGCUGCUUCUUUUGAUCCUGUUUCUUAAUGCUCUCUAAAAACCUCUUAGACCUUCAUAGAUCAACUGUAUUUAUGCAGAUUAAAUAACACAAAAAUGAACUCUGUUGCUAAUUUCUGAAGGUACUAAGUGUCCUUUUUUAGAUUUGUAUUUAUAAAAAAACAUUUUAUAACCACGUAUCAUUUUCAUGCUGCUUCACAAGCAUAUACUACUUUGUCUUGGUCUGUCCUAUUAAAUUCCAAUAAAACACAUUUCAUAUUUCUGGUUGUAACAUGGUAAAUGUGAAAGAAAUGAAGGGGUGUGAAAACCUGUUUUUCUGAGCUGUGAUUCCUCUGAGGUUGGAGAUGGGCUGGCCUUCAUGUGCGCUGUAGCCUGGAGUCACACUGAUAAAGUGACGUGCGUGGUUGACGAUGCUAAAUGGCAGCACUUGAAAUAGCCCAUACCUACCAGCCUGCUCUCCCACUUGCUGUUCCAUUUGUAGAGUUUCAGCACUGCGGUGCGCUGGACAGCUCCUCCGCUUUGCGUCUCUUGAGAAUUAGGGCAGAAUUGAGCUGAAAUUCUUAUCCACGAAGAAUUUCAAUAUAACUUUUGAGGAACUCAAACCUUAGAAUUACAGUGGAGGAGAUGGAUAUUGAUCGACCAGCAAAUGUCUCCUUUUUUGAUUUCGUCGGAGGAGCCCAACUUCUCCUGGGAGAGGACACCAGGACGGUCAUGCCAGUCCUACUGAUCGGGAUCUGCGUAUCCGGCGCGGUGUGUAACCUGCUGGUAUUACUGAUCUUCAUCCGUGACUUCAGGAACGGAAGGGGCUCUGAGGUGAAAGCCCUUCUCGCCUCUCUAGCUUCCACGGACCUGGUGAUCCUUUUACUGUGCGCACCAGUGCGCGCCGUAACCUACUACAGGCAGACCUGGACCCUGGGCAGUUUUGCUUGCCGAACCACAGACUGGUUCCAGCACUCCUGUGUUGUCGCCAAAACUUUAAUUCUGGCAGCGACCACCAAAGCCAAACAUACAUUGAUUCCACGCACCGCCGCCUCGGGGCCCCUCUACAGCCCGACGUGGGUCCACGGAGCCCUGGCGUUCAUUUGGAUAGUGUCCAUGAUGUUUCCUAUCCCGCAGAUGCUCUUCGCCUCUUUGUUGUCGCGCGGCAGCGACUUUGUCUGCGUGUCCGAGAUGCCGGUGUGCGCGUCUGAUUUUAUGAGUUUGUUCUACAAGAUCUAUCCAACUGUCACAUUUGUGGCACCGGUCAUUUUCACGAUCGCCUACUACACCAAGACUCUGUACACUGCAGUGAACCACGCGCCUAGCCCGCAACAUCAGAGCAAAGUGGUCCUGGUUCUGCUGUGUUUAAGCGGUGCUCUGGGCCUCAUGCUGCUGCCCGAGUGGGGGACGUUCACCUGGAUAAGGCUGGGCUACAACAAACCCCCGGUGGGGCUGAUGAUGUUUGCGCAGGUCCUGCUUUACGCAUGCAGCUCCCUGUCCCCGGUCAUCCUGAUGAUCAUGUACGACGACGUGCGCCAAGGACUGGUUGCGCUCUGGUUCAUUACGACCUGCAGGAGCAACAAGCGCGUACCCGCCAUAAGGUGCCCGCAGACCGAGGGGAACGGGGCAGAUGUCGGGGCGAACGCUGUGGGCAACGCCGUCUCUCAGAUGAAGGAGGCGACGUUCCCCGACGUGGAACACUUCUGGACAGGGCGCAGGAAUACGCACGUAGAGGACGAGCAUGAUCCAGUUCCGUGGGAGAAAGAGGAGAAGAUGUUGUAAUGAACUUUUCUAGCAGACGAUUUCGGUUUGUUAGUGGCUGCGUUGUGGUCUGUCCACCCACCACUCAGACCCGUAUUAAAGGCUUUAGUGGCCAGUUUGGUAUUGUGAGCAUGAUUAGAUGUAACUUAAGCUUCUACACUAUCAUGUUUUGUACAGAGCCGGCCCGAGGCACUGGCGAACUAUGUAGCUCCUUAGUGCUUCCACACCAGCAGGAGGCCCGCAAAGAACACUAGAAUUGUCACAAAAUAAUAGAGUACAGAUAUUUGUAUGAGAGGACAUGAAUUGACAAGCUCGAUUUUACACGUUUACACUUUUGAUCCUCAAGAUUUAAAAUGUUAAAUGCUAUUAGUCAGUAAAGCCUAUCGGUAAUGGUGAUGUGCAGCACAUUUUAAACAAUCUGAUCUAUACAUUUUGUAUACAUAUAAUUAAAGGUAUAAUUUAUUUAUUUAUUUAUUUGUUUAAAAUGUUUAAUUUCAAGCAGGAGAAAUAUUAAUACUCUAAAUAUUUUUCAUUACAGUGUGCAUUAUGGUUUAGAUGUAAAUCUCUGAAGUCAGGCUAUAAAAACCUUUCAGCAAAAAUAUUUUAGAUUGUUGUUUCUUUUUUACUUUUUGUGAAGUGAAUGUAAUACAAGCAUCUUCCAUUUCUUUGUCAAUCAAUAUAUUGCAUUGUGUGACAAAUAUUACUUUCUAGUUGUAAAUUAUAAUGAUGAUUUUUAUGGAUAUAUAAUAUAUGGCUGAUACAGGGGAGGGUGCACUAGUUGAGCUGGAAGGCCCCAGAUCAAAUUAUGUGUACACCCCAUGAAGCCUUGGGCCGGCUCUGUUGUUACUUACGUUUUAUAUUUUAGUUCUGAAUAUUUGUUCUUGCUUGCAGCUUUGAUGCUUUGUCUAUAGGACAUCUUUGUUUAUAGUGGGAAUUAUUUGUACAAAUACAACUGUACAUAUGGAUACUCGAGCAAUCUAGUUGUGAUUCUCUUUGUGUGACACAUUACAGUAUUAAAACACACUUACAUAUGA